UUUUGGAAGCACCAGGUGGAACUGGCAAAACAUUUAUUAUUUCGCUAAUUCUCGCUGAAAUACGAUCAAAUAAUGGCAUCGCGUUGGCCGUUGCAUCAUCUGGCAUUGCGGCAACUUUAUUGGAUGGAGGCAGAACAGCUCAUUCAGUAUUUAAGCUGCCACUAAAUAUUCAAAACAACCCGGACGCAGCGUGCAGCAUAAAAAAGCAAUCGUCUAUGGCCACAGUGUUGAAACACUGUAAAAUUAUCAUCUGGGAUGAAUGCACAAUGGCACACAAACAUUCGCUUGAGGCGUUGAAUAGGACAUUGAAAGAUAUAAAGAACAAUGACAAAUUAUUUGGCGGCACUCUGCUACUCCUUUCAGGUGAUUUCAGGCAAACACUUCCCGUCAUUCCGCGUUCAACGUACGCUGAUGAGAUCAAUGCUUGCUUGAAAUCAUCUCCACUGUGGUAUAAUGUUGAAAAAGUUCAACUAACAGUAAAUAUGCGAGUCCAAAUGCUUCAGGAUCCAUCUGCUGAAACAUUCUCAAAACAAUUGCUAGAUAUCGGUGAUGGAAAAGUUACCAAGGAUGAGACAGGAUGCAUAAAAUUACCGGAGGAUUUCUGCACAAUCAUUGAUUCAAAAGAUGCUCUCAUUAACCUUAUAUUUCCCGAUUUACACACGCAAUACAUUAAUCAUGAGUGGCUUGCAGAAAGGGCGAUUUUAGCAGCAAAAAAUGUGGACGUCAACGAAUUGAAUCUGAAAAUACAACAGUUAUUGCCAGGUAACAUGGUGACAUACAAAUCCGUUGAUGCAGUUUGCGAUCCUAUGGAAGCUGCAUAUUUUCCAACAGAGUUUUUAAAUUCAUUGGAUUUACCAGGCAUGCCACCGCAUAAUUUAGUACUUAAAGUUGGAUCUCCUGUUAUUUUGCUUCGUAAUUUGAACCCACCACAGCUGUGCAACGGCACGCGAUUGGUCGUUAAAAAAUUAAUGAACAACGUUAUCGAAGUCAUUAUUUUAAAUGGAAAAUUCCGGGGUGAAAGUGUAUUACUUCCACGAAUCCCUAUUAUACCCACAGAUGUGCCAAUUCAAUUUAAACGCAUUCAAUUCCCCAUUAGAUUGGCAUUUGCAAUGACUAUUAAUAAAUCUCAAGGCCAAACAAUGUCUGUUUGUGGCUUAGAUUUGAGCACACCAUGUUUUUCACACGGACAAUUAUACGUGGCAUGCUCUCGAGUGGGUAAACCAUCCAGUUUAUUUGUGUUAGCAAAAGACGGAAUGACAAAAAAUAUUGUACACUCCAUUGCACUAAGAGAUUAAUAUUGUUUACUAAUAUUUUCAGAAUUAGUUGUAUAUAUAAUUUAUAAAAAAAAGUUACAAUAAAUUUAAAAAAUUAUUA